CCUCCCUGCGGCACCUCGCAGGCCGGUGGGGCGGGGAGCCCGGCUUCUGGGGAGGUGCCGCCCCUCCACUGGCGCAGGCCGCCGAGACCCCCGGAUGGACCUCCUAGGGCUAAUCUGCUAGUGCCUCUGAGGUCGAUAGGACUCCACGUGCCACUCCUUGCAGGGUCAUCCAGCAAGUAAUUCCUAGACCCGUAGGUGCCCGCAGAGCCGGUUACCUCUGGUUCUGCGACAGCGUGCCCCACCCGCAGGACGGCCGGGUUCUUUGAUUUCUACACUUUCUAAAACCAAACCCGAAAGGAAGGGCAGGCCCAGGGUGCGGAUGCCCUGAAAUAUUCGAGAGCAGGACCGUUCCUACUGAAGAGAAGUUUACAAGAACGCUGUCUGGGGCGGGCGAGGCCUCAGCGAGGCGGGUCCGGGAGCGAGGGCAGGGCGUGGGCCGCGCGCCCCGGGUCGGGGGAGUUGGGGGCAGGAAGAGGGGGAGGAGACAGGACUCGGGAGCGCCCUGUCGAGCGCCCGCCAGGCUCCUCCCGCUCCCGCGCCGCCUCCCUCUACCCACCCGCCGCACGUACUAAGGAAGGCGCACAGCCCGCCGCGCUCGCCUCUCCGCCCCGCGUCCAGCUCGCCCAGCUAGCCCAGCGUCCGCCGCGCCUCGGCCAAGAUACUCUCGGUGGAUGGUUUGGACAGAACACUCCCUGAAGGAAAAGGAGAACUGUGCCAUCUCAGAGGGCAUUUUCCAAGAGGAAGUGAGUCACACCUGGUCUGGCCGCCAGUCUGCAGGAGAGGCCUCGACUGAACUGCAGGCUUCAACAGACCACACCAAAAUGCCAUCUCAAAUGGAACACGCCAUGGAAACCAUGAUGUUUACAUUUCACAAAUUCGCUGGGGAUAAAGGCUACUUAACAAAGGAGGACCUGAGAGUACUCAUGGAAAAGGAGUUCCCUGGAUUUUUGGAAGCCAUAUUUCUCUCUCUGGUUGAUGGCAUGGACCCUACAGGAAAAACCACACACCUUACCGGUUCUGACCAGCAUCACUACAAAAAGGAGUGCUGAAGCCAGUCACCAUGUAAGCAAGAUAAAAGCAAAGGGGAUCUUGCCUGCCCAUCUCUGUUCCAUACAUUUUUACCAGGCACUGAGCGUCAUGGGGAGUUUAAGACUCCAUCCCACAUACUCCUUUUGAAACUGGUCCAAUAUACAACAUCCAGCGAAGAGUAUAGGAUGACAUAGACUUACCAACUCAAAGAAUGGAAGGAUUCUAGAAACAUUAUAGCCCAACACCCUCAAUUCAUCGUUGAUACACAAAGGCUCACUAAGCUGUGUGGUUCACUCAGCAUCACGUGGCUAAUAUGAUAUGAAGCCACACUAGCUUGGCCUCAGCUGUGCCAAGAAGAAUGAGAGCUGUCUUCUCCAAACCUAAAACAACCCAUGGCAUCGUUAACACCUCUUUAAAAUCCACAGGACAGUGGUCCAAAACUUAUUCCCUAAAUCAUAAACAUCUUUUCAUAAGGAGUUUCCUUUGUAAGGGAUUUGACCAUGCCAUUAGGAAUAAAAUUUUAAUAAGAGAAUGUAAGUUUAAACCAUAAAAUGAGGAGCUUAGGUGGUUCUUAGGCAGAAUCUAAAUAUGAAAUUACUGAAAUGCUCCCUCAAGCCCCCCAAAAAAAAAAUACAUUUAGAUGACCUCCAAAGGUUGCUUAUGACCUAAAACAAGAGCUCAAGUAAUUGGGAGAUACAUACACAGUUCUCAGCAGUACAAAUCAAAGAAGCUCAUCGUUGCAACCUUUGACUGGUGUUUCUUGCCUUUGUUCUUUUUUUUUUUUUUUUUUUUU